CAUAACAGAAGAUGGCAACCGUCGGCCGUCUCUGAAAAGCGGCCCGCACAAGAGCGGCUGUCAGCCGAGUCUAAAUUUUGUUCUACCCAAUUUUUUGUGGUCGCCGAGGAUUACACACCCCUUUCCAAUGUGUCGAUCGAGGAUAGACCCGCUUAUUUUUACUUCUUCGAUAGAAUCAGCGAUGGGUCCCUGAAAUGUCGACUCCCACGCGACAGAGGUCCCUGCGCGAGAGAAUUCAGUCAGCGUCUCGUGGAAUUGGCAUCUCGUGGCAGGGAAAGAAGUCAAAGAGCUACCACAGUAAAGAAUCGUUAACUGAAGCCCAGUCGAGCGAGAGUGAUUCGGCUACAACGCAGGACCAAGCAGAAACUCGUAGCACAGACCCGGACCAUCAGGUGCAAGCAGACACAGCGACGUCUGGAGAAACAGCUCCGGAAACUGCCUCUAAAGAUGAAGGACCAUCAGCAGUUGAAAAGAAAGCUCUCAGUCGGACAUUCACACAGCCUCAAGGAACAGAACAGUACAAGGUUGAAGCAAAUGACACUUUAGCAGGAAUUGCCGCCCGCUUCGAUACCACUCCAUCAGAGUUAGCCAAACUCAAUAGGCUUUCUGCCAGAAUUGUCUUUCCUGGGCAGUUACUCUUCGUCCCGGAGAAGAGAAAUCGUGCGCCAGAAGCUACAGAUAACCAAGAAACUACAGACAGUUUAGCACCUCCUCAGGAUGACCGAGAGCGAAGACCGAGUGUAACAGAUGCCUUGCGCAUUCCCUACAGGCGUCCUAGUGAGAGGUCGCACAGAUUCCUAAAGGUGAAAGCCAGGCAUUUCACCGAUGGCCAGGGAGUGGUGGCAGGUGUAUUGAUCAUUACGCCAAAUGCAGUGAUGUUCGACCCAAACGUAUCCGACCCUCUGGUCAUCGAGCAUGGGGUGGAGAGCUACGGAGUCAUUGCUCCAUUGGACAUGCUCAUGAGAGCCGCCAUCUAUUUCGACAUUGCUCACAUGAAAGUGCAGCACGCCUCCGUCGAUUCAGAAUCAAGGCCUAAGGCGGAUGUUUACUACGGAAGGAUGGACGAGGAAACCACUAAGGAAGAAGAGGAGAAGCAGAAGAUGGAGGAGGAGAAGAAGGUGGAACGCCCUAAUCGAUUCUCGCUAGAGGAAGCCCCUUCCAUCGAAAUCGAAGUCGCCCCCGCAGAGGAAGAAAAGCCCCCCAAAAAUAAGGGGAGUGAACUUCCGGCAACGGAGACUCAGCACGUGGCACAGACUUCCAAUGUGAAUGCGCCCGGACCAGCUUCAGGCGACUCCAUUGACAGUACAGAUGCCGAAGUGAGUGACGCUUUUGCGCUACCAAUUGAAACACAGGUCCAAGAAUCAACGGUGCCCUCAGAGAGUCGGCGGGAGCGGAUGUUGAAAAGGCUUUCUUACCCCAUGGAAUCGAUUACCUCCAUCUCGCGUAUCCUCACCUCCUCGCCCAAGUCCUUCGUUGACUUUUCGGGAUCCCUCUUCUCUGGCCGAGGAUCCGAGGAGGAAACCAAAGAGGAACAGUUGCCGGAAGGAACGGAGGAGAAAGGAACAGCAACCAUCGGAUACCAAAACCUGGUAGAGGAGAAACCGGAGAUCUUUGAGACGCUUGACAAGCUCCUUCAGAAAAAGCCUGGAGAAGAAGCGGAAGGCCCUCCUCUUUACCUUUGCCUGAGGAUGGGUAUUCCAAAAGAGCGUAAACCUCAAGCGUCACCGGUUCUGUCCUAUGGAAAGAAACGAGCAAGAUCAGAAUAUUGGUUUUCUAUACCACACAGCAGGGUGGAAGACUUGUAUAACUUCUUACAACAAUGGAUUCCAAGCCUUUAUGGUGACGUGGAUGAUGUAGAUCCAGACGAGGCCGGAUUCAUUCCCAUUGAUGAUUCCUUGCCAGAUGACGAAGAAGAGGAAGAACAGGGGGUUGAUGUGGAAGAAGGAGGCGAAAGAGAAGCUCCGAGGUCCUUCCUCAAGCUGGUGGAGGAACACUUUGGUUUCAAGAGUAUAAGUCCUGGUGACUGGGAGGUUCUGUCCUUGGGAGAAAUGGAAAAAAUUGACUUCUCUGAAAUGGAACUUCCACUUCCAGAUCUUUUGUCCUCAUCAGAUAUUCUUCAGGAACAACACAUUAAAGAGCUGUAUACACGGUUGCCUGCUCGAGCGAUUGGAUACCCUUGGACGCGCAUUUUCUCCACAUCCACUGAUGGAUUCCUGUUGAAAACUCUUUAUAGGAAGAUGAUGGAUAUCGACAGCCCGGUGCUUCUGGCCAUCGAAGACACAAAAGGAGCGAUAUUCGGCGCCUUGCUUUCAUCUCCCCUGAAACAGAGUGACAGUUUUUACGGAACGGGGGAAUCUUUCCUUUACACAUUCUAUCCAGUAUUCCAGAUUUUCAGUUGGACUGGUGAAAAUGAUUACUUCGUAAAGGGAAAUAUAGACAGCGUUUCCAUUGGAGCUUCUGAGGGUCAUUUUGGUUUGUGGCUAGACGGCGAUCUCUACCGUGGCAGAAGCGUCCGGUGCCAGACUUACAACAACGAACCUCUGGCAUCUGAUGAAGAUUUCGUCGUCAAAACCCUCGAAGCCUGGGGAUUCGCCUAGACUAGAUCUAGACUGUGUGCCUCUCUAGAAUGUAGAUCCGUCACCGCCGUAGACGUUUUCCCCAGCUGGUGCUUUCCUUCUCGAGCUCGCCCCCGCCUCCGGAGGACUCUUAAUGUGCUCGGAGACCAAAUCCCUGAAGCACUGGCACUCCCCUCAAAUUCUUCCCAUCUACCGCGCGGAACAUUCCAAACCGCUCGCCAUUAACUACAUACUAGUUCUAGUCGGCGUCGCCAGACGUCGUUAGUAUUGCAGGAUGCUUUUCGAGAGACCUCAAGUCGUCGGUCGAACGCCCCCGCUUCGGUUUUAUCAAGAACUAAGGAAGAACAUUGUUUCAUACUCGACGUCCCUUGUGACCUUCGUUGGAAAAGUCCACAUGUUGAAACUAGUUGGCUAAAGUUUAACAGCUGUUUAAGUUUGCGUCUAAGAACUGGAAUUUCUUGAAGGUAUAGGAUGUAAGGAUACAUAUAUCAAAUUUAUUAUCAAUCUGGCGUCCGCAGAAACUAUUAUCAAGCAGCAAGAGUGAGUUGGAAUGCUUAUUUUUUAGAAAUAGAGAGCCCUGUGGUGAAAUGUUGUAGAGCGGAGAGUUAAAAGCAUUAACCAUUCGAGGGAGAAACACAAUUGAAUCGUGAAGGAAAAUUUAUUUAUUUAUUCUGGAAAUUUCUGGAUUUUUAUUCGCCAUGUUCAUGAAAUUCAAAGUUUAGUUUUUCUACUAACUGGAUGUCGAGACGGGGAGCAUUCAUCGGCGAGAUAAAAGGUAUAAUCCAAACCUCCAAGUACAACGAUGAGCGAAUUUCUCCCAAAUUGAGCUCCGACUUCCGCCGUCCCAUCUGCGUUUCUAUGACCAUUGCUGCCCACUUUGGAAAAAAAAAAGGUUGGGAAUGCAGAUCGGCUGGUGUGAGGCGUCUUUCGAGUCCCUUUGUCGACCCUUUUUUUUCUCUAGGGCCGACGCGACAAGAAUCGUCUUCCAAUCAGAGUUUAGACUCGACGGCGACGCCCCUCAUAUACACCUGGUGACUCUUCACUCGAUGCUCGACCAAUCUCAACUGCAGAGAACGACAAGAGGACCAUUUUUUAUGAGCUAUCCUCUAGGUUUAUUUCCUUAACGUUAACUACAAGGGGACAGUAAAAUGUACCCCUUUUUAACUUUUAAAGGGUUUUUAUCGAUGUUUUGCGACUUGAAAGUUGCAUUCUUCUUCUAGUUAGGUAGAUUUUUUAUGAAACCGGUUUUUCGAAUAAUCUUUUUCAUAAUGAAAGAGAGCAAGAUUCCGAGUUUUUAAUCUUUCCAGUUUUAUUUUAUAAAUAGGAGGUUUAUAGUAACUGAGUUAGUAACAAAACUUUAGGACUCAAAUAUUUACAUUUUAUCAUUUUUCAAACCAAAUAAGUACUUACACCGACAAAACCGUAAAGUUUAAUCAAAAUAUGUUUCAUUAACAAUUUCUUAGAGGAUUUAAAUGAACUGACAUAUUGAACUCAUUUAAUUCUUUGCAGUUUGACCUAGCCCGUUUGACCAAUUCAUCAGAUCAGCACGAAUACAAAUUUCUGCGAUUUGAAUAGCAGGUUCUGACUCCUGUUAUUAGGAGUUGAAAAAUCCCAUCGAGUGAGGGUCACCCUUUGCUACAAAUAAAGUCAUUUUUACUCCCAACUACUUAUUUUUGUACGUACUUCUUCCCGGAAUCCUAGUAGGAAGCGACGUUCACCCCAACGACCGGAGUAGAUGCGCCAUUGAUGUUUUAAAAAUGCAGAGCUACUUAUGUACAUGUCUCGAAUCGCCUUUCAAACUUUGGAUUUGCUUGCUCUGUUAAAGGAAUUCUAAUUUCAAAUGUAGUUCUGAAUCUCUGUAUAGGACAACAUUAAGAUAAAUCCACCUGGUGAAUGUUUCUUCAACUUCAGUUUGUUGUACUAGACUACCUGAAUGUUGGUGACCAAACUAGAGCUAGGAAGAAGUUCAAUAAAAUUUUACCUUUCGUGCAUUAAUACAUUUGAGUUGCUGUAAACAGUGUAGAAAGUAAUUUGUAAUUCUGAAAGUAUACAAAAUUCAAAGCUUAUUUGUUUUUUGAUUCACGAAAUAAUUAGUAUUAAGGUCUUAAAAUGAUUAAACUUAUUAAUUUUAUUUGUUACUUUCUUAACGGUAAAGCUUUUUUAUGGUUAAUUUUGCAUUUAGAUAUAUGACUGUAAUUUGUGAUUCUGAAAGUAUACAAAAUUCAAAGCUUUUUCUUUUUUUUUUUUCAUUCACGAAAUAAUUAGUUUAAGGUCUUAAGAUGAUUAAACUUAUUAAUUUUGUUUGGUACUUUCUUAACGGUAAAGCUUUUUUAUGGUUAAUUCUGCAUUUAGAUAUAUGACUGCACUUUAAUAAUCAAAUAUUAACUACAUUCUUAUAGAAAUGAAGUAAAAACUUACUUUAAUUAAUAAAGACAUUUCUUAACGUGUUUAAAUUGAUAUCUUAAAAAUGGUUCUAUAAUAAUAAUGCCUAAGUAGUUUUGGAGCUAUAAGAAUGCAAUUCUAAUCUCCAUUAAUAAAAACUCUCCGCUAUCUCUGCUAUUAUUAUUGAAACAAGAUUAAAGAAAGAAAAAUUUGCGCAAUAAACAAAACGCGAUUUACGUAUCUGAUUUUAAAUUAAAGCAAAUCCUUUGUUUCAUGCACUUUCAAAUAGUUUGAAGGCGAUUCGAUGCUGCAAAGUGUUCCUGUACAUCGUAGAUAGAAUUAUAUUUUGUAGCCUAUGGAUGUUGUAGUUUGAAGGACCAAAGGGUUGUCGACCGCAUGUCUGGUGCUCAUUGGAAUUAAAGUUUAUUUUGUAGUUUA